AUGGCGCCAGUCUGGCUGCAAGCCCUCUGCGGAGGUAUUGGCACCCUAUGUUUCGCGUUGAUGUUGGUGCCCCAAGUGGUUCUGAACACACGCCGCCGCAGCACAGAAGGAUUAUCCUGGGGCCUGGUGGUCCCGUGGCACGUGGCCGGCAUUCUCUUCGUUGGGGUUACCUUAGCUCACACGCAGCCGUCCUGGUUUUCCGCGCUGAGUAUGUUCAUGCAGGUCUUCUGCUGUGGCAUUUGUGAAGUUCAGAUGUAUUUCUUCCAUCGCGUAGAGAAAGGCUGCCGUCGACGCCUGCUGAUGACCGCGGCCUACACUGUUCUCACCGUACUCUCUUGCUUAGCCUGUGCUGCAUGCUACCUCUUCUUCAUCACCACAGGUGAUCAGCUGGAUUUCAUCCUGGGUGAGUUGGUCCCCAGCAUUCUCAUUGGGCUGGGCUUCUUUCCCGAGUUCCACGAGUUCGUGUCCAGCAUGUCCAUCGAGGGCUACUCCUUCGGCGUGACCUUCUUCGACGUGGUGGGCAGCGCCGGUAACACAGCGCUGUACUUCAUGCGCGAGGAGGAGCCCUGGAGUGAGAGGGUCAGCGAGGCGUCUCCUUUCCUGACCAUCAUCUUCAUGCACCUGAUUCUGCUGAUCUUAGCCGCCUGGGUGGUCUGCCACGCUUCCGGCAAACCUCUCAAGGCGCCGUCCUCGGCGCCCACCUCGGAGGAGUCCGAAGCCUCCACGGAGGUGGACACGGCGCAGUCGACGCCCACGGUGGAGGUCUAG